AUGUACGACUAUGCGCAAGUCCACGUCAAAUACACCAUCCCUCCGGCCAUAGUUCUGACUAUAGUCCUCGCUCCCCUCUUCACGCGGCGGGACAUCUUCAAAAUAUGUUUUCUACUGGUUGUGGCUGUGGCCUACACGAUUCCAUGGGAUUCGUACCUAAUCACAACUGGAGUUUGGACCUAUCCCUCAGAUGUUAUUGUGGGACCGACAGUGUUUGAUAUCCCGGCCGAAGAGUUGUUCUUUUUCAUAAUCCAGACAUAUAUUACCGCUUGUCUACAGAUCCUGCUGAGUAAAUCAGUUGUUACGGCAACUUAUCUGCACAACGAGGCCGAUGGUCAAGAUCCAGUCGGCAGAUCAUUGAAGAAACGCAAACGGGUUGGCCAAGUCAUUCUGUCAUUAUGUUCGAUACUUCCACUCUUCAUGCGAGGUGGCCAUGCUACAGGCACAUAUAUGAAACUCAUCCUUGUAUGGGCCGGGCCUGUUCUAUUCAUGCUUUGGACGUUUGCAUAUCAGCUCCUCCUGACGUUCUCAUGGUCCAAGACAUGGUUGCCGAUAAUGCUGCCAACCCUCUACCUCUGGGUCAUUGAUACGCUCGCUCUGCGCCGAGGUACCUGGUGCAUUGAGUCAGGCACUAAGCUCGGUAUUCAGGUAUGGCCUCAUUUGGACAUUGAAGAGGCUGUUUUCUUCUUGAUGACCAACACUCUGGUCGUCUGUGGUUCAAUUGCGUACGACAACGCCGCUGCGGUCCUGGAUGCUUUCCCCAGCACGUUUGCCGUCGUACCAGGCAUACCGUCGCCUGCACUCUUGCUCAAGGGUAUUUUCCUGUCUACGUCCAAAUAUGACAUCGCGCGCAUUCGAGGGUUACAAAAUGCGCUAGAAGUGCUUGCGCGGAAGAGUCGGUCUUUCUACCUUGCAUCCGGGGUUUUUGCUGGACGGCUGAGGAUAGACCUGAUCUUACUCUACGCCUUCUGCAGAGUAGCAGACGAUCUGAUCGACGAUGCACCGUCUGCUGAGGAGGCAGACAGCUGGGUAAAACAUUUUUCGAAUUUCUUGGACACGGCUUACUCCCCAAAAUAUGACCGAGCCCGGUUCGAGCAGGCUCUGGCCCCCUUCCCGGCCAAGGCACAGUCCAUCUUGGUACUCCUGCCAACCGACAAAUUGCCCCCACAGCCUCUAUACUCGCUGCUCGAUGGCUUUCGUAUGGACCAGCGGUUCUUCAGAAAAGGGCCGAACCAGGAUCCGCCUAUACAGACUUUUGCUGACCUGGAGCGUUAUGCAUCCUGCGUGGCAGCAACUAUUGGAGAACUGUGCUUGAGCCUCGUUUAUCAACAUGACCCCGACCAUCUCACAGACGAGACAACCAAGCAAAAGUGUGUCGCAGCUGGAGGUGAAAUGGGAAGAGCGCUGCAAUAUAUCAACAUUGUGCGAGAUGUAACAACCGACGCUCAAUCAGGGAGAUGCUAUAUCCCAAACGAAUGGUUCAACAAGUCCUCGGCUUCUUCUCCUGUCAAGCACAAUGAGGAAGUGGCUCGUCACCGCAAGCGGAUCCUGGACAUUGCUUUUGCCAUCUACGCUGAAAAUCGGGACGCGAUCGAGGAGCUCCCUCGGUACGCACGAGAUGGAAUUCGUGUUGCUGUGGAGAGCUACAUGGAGAUUGGGAGAGUCAUGCGUGACCGAAUGCAGGAGGGCAAGCCGUUAGAUUUCACGGGCGGCGGGAAGAAAGGAAGGGCCAGCGUACCCAAAUGGACAAGAAUAUGGGUGGGUUGGAGGACCAUGGCAGGCUGGAGAGGUUCAGCCUGA